AUGACGGCGAGAUCCCUCGCCGCCCCAAAGACGGCCUUCGUCGCGGCGAGCCACGCAGUCAGCAACGGUCUCGGUGCAACAGUGCGACCUCGGCGACUUGCACAGCCGACACUAACGCUGCCAAACCGCUCAGUGUCGCCCGACAGGCUGUACAGUAAGUGGACAGACAAAGAUUUCAACAGAAAACAAUGGUCUGACCCCAAGGCUGAAACUCUCAGACGGGCUAGGCAGCGGGCUCGCGCCAAGAUCCUGCAUGAAGCUCACUUUGAUACAGCGAUACGUUUGCUGGCCCCAGAGACGUACAGCGGCGCCCAUCGCGAGGCGCGCAAUUUGCAGGAAGCGUUGGCCGGUGCUGCCAAUUGGGUACCUACGAAAUUAGCUCGCCUUGCCUCAAAGCCAAAGGAACUACAAACUGCGCUUGAACAGCAUCUGUGCAUCUAUGGCGUGCGAGAGGAGUACUGGCUCUCGGUUCGGAACGCCAUGCUCGCCGAAAGCUGGCUAGAUGCUCGCAGGCACAUGAUUAACACUGACGAUGCCAAAUGGCCAGGGUUUGUUCUCCAACGCACCAUUCAUACAGUCGCCACGCCUUCCGAGAUGUCGGAUUCGCUGGCAAUCCUCAACUCCACCUUGCAACACGCUUCGAAGCAGCUGGACUCAGAUGCUUCUGUCUAUUUCAAAACUCUUCGUUAUUGCGUCUCUACACUCAUAUUCAAGAUUCUGAAACCGGACGGGAGUGCUGUACACCUCAUUCCCAGGUUGACGGACGUACUGUUGGGAUUGAUCGAAGUCUUUCCAGACCUGAUGAGAUCGUCAACGCUGCUAUUCGUUGAUUUUACCUGUUGUUGUACUGCGGUUGUAGAUGAGAGGGCUCGACACGCAGUGAGCAACCUUCUCGACGGGCUGCAAAGCACCAGCAGCGACGCGGACAGCUUCCAGUUCAUCCGUCAACGGAUCGUCUCCCACUGCCUUGACAGCAUUGAAGUCUCGAUGAAGAAGGCUGGACGAAAGACUGCUUCUUCAGAACAAUUUGUUAACCUCGACCUGAUGGAGAAACUGCUUCAGCAAGAGUUUUCCUCGCAUGCCAAUGCUCAGCAGCGGGCGCUCCGAUGCGCUGUACACGUAGCUGGCCACCAUCGAGAUGACAUACGGGCAUGGAGUUGGUUUAAUCGUCUGCAACAGUACAAUCAGAAUCACAACGCCAACACAACAAUAUCGGACUACCUCGUUCUCGCCAAAGCCUUGGUCCGUAGUAAGUAUGGUCGGCACGAGGCAUGGCGUGUCUUUUUAGAUGCAGAGAAGUACAUGCCUAGCCACAGCACUUCUGCUACGGCAGCAAAGGAAGAUCUCGACAACACGUGCAUCGAACUGCUCGAAGUGAUGGCUAUGAGUGCAGAUGUGCGACUCGAGAGCGUGCUGUCGCUGCUGGGUAUUGCGGAUCCGGUCAAGCAUGAACAUGACAUUGCGUCUGUCAAGAUGGCCAAUGCUCUCUCUAAGACAACGCAUCGGCCAAGGGUGGCUCUAGUCGCCUUCACGAUGGUGAUGCAAGGAUGUCUGGCUCGUCAACAGCCGGAAUACGCAGUGCUCGUCUGGCAGACGAUGCGUCAGCGAGACUUGCUGCCUAACGUCGCCUGCCUUUCGGUAUACCUGCAGAAUUUGUUCAAGAUGAAAAAAACGGGGGAAGCGAUGCGUCAGCUGCACCUUUGGUGCGAAGAAGGAGUGCCAGAUAUCCGCAACAAGCUGCAAGAGGUAUCGCAAGCAACGCAAAUUUCCGCCGGAGAAUCGUCACAACAGCAUGAUCUGCCAUCGGCAGCACCAGAGGUCUCGCGGUACACAAUAACACCGGACCCAAUUCUGGCGUCUGUCGUACUUAGCGGCUUGUACACGUGCGGGUCAGUUGGCAUUGAAGGGCUCUGGAAUGCGUAUCAGCAGACGAUUCGGCUUUUUCCCGAUGCAUACAUCCUCAGCUUGUUGCUCAAAGUAUCUUGUCAAGAUGACAGAAAGUCAAGAAUCAGCGCUCGAUUUGGCUGGCAAGUCUUCCGUUCGCUUCUCUUCGGCAAGCAUCCAGAACUGGCAGAAUACCGCAAUCCUCUCAAGCUCUUGCUUGAGACGCACGGGACUGUUGGCUGGAUCUUCUCUGACGACACGGUGGGAUCCAAGGUGGAGAAUUGGUUCGCAUCUGUCUUUAGGCCACAGGACACCAAAUCGCCCGUUGCACCCGGCGACUCGAGUGGGCUGGUCUUCACAUCGAAAGUGUUGGAGAGCUACGUGCGACUGAUAUUGCACCUUCAGCAUUCUCCUGGACAAUUGGCGGAUGCUCGCUUCUCAAGGGAAGAGUUGAUCAAUGUACUCGGUUGGAUGAAAGAGUUGAAUCUCAGGCCUUCUACAACGCACUUGGGGCUGACAAUCCUGGAGAUCGAAGAGAACCUCCUACCGGCGGUUGCCACGAGACAAAUGGAAGUGCUGGAGGGGUGGCUUGUCGAUUGGCUUGGAGAGGAUGCAUUGCCGACAGAACGGCAGAUGCAGCGCCUUUGGCAAUGGAAGAUGAAGCGGAAUGAGCAGAAGAGGAACUGGUUCGAUCACGUAAGGAUGGAUGGCUCUCAUGAGCCGUAUGCGGCAUCGAUACCAUGA